UCUAGUUAAGGAGGAAAUCAACGCCUUUGCAGCCUGAAGAUGGAGAAUGUUUUAGGUAAAGCCGGUCAACGGGAGGAUAUGUGAAUAUUGCAGGCUGCAUACAAUGUGUUUGGACGGUAAAAUGGAAACGACUCAAUAUCCCCAUCUGCCAGCCUUUGGGCUACUCUCGCUUUGAAACACAACAUCGUUUAAUCUCAUUAAUGGGACUGACACCAGAGGUGUAAACUACUUAAAGUAAAAAAUACUUUUAAGUCGUUUUUUCGGGGGGAGUAUAUGUACUUUAUCUACAUUUUUGACUACUUUUGCUUCACUAUAUUCUUAAAGACAGUAAUGUACUUUUUACUGCAUACAUUUUCUCUGACACCCAAAAGUAUUCAUUACAUUUUGAAUGCUUGGCAUUUAUCAAGAGAACAUCCCCGCUCAUCCCUAUAUUUGCUAUAGGCGUUUCUAUUGUCUCUUUCCUCUCCCUGUGGAACAGCCGUAGCGGGACAGAGGAAUGUGUUCAUUCUAGUCGAACCACGGCAGGAGAGCGCAACGGUUGGAUACAGAUGACUGAUGUUCAGAAAAAGAUGUCCUGACGCGGCACUCCAAACAGUAAACGUUACCCUGCUGUAUCCCUCUUCCUCAUCUCAACCUGCUCUUCCUCCUCCUCCUGUACUUCCUGCUCCUCCAGAACCGACUAUUGGUACCGUUGGUUCCUUCCUUGGGUCCCCAACCCUCACUCGGCCGGUUGACAAAUCUCCGCUUUCCCACUCCUCUCCGCUCCCCCGGUCCUCGUCCCUGAGCCUCCUCUCCCCCCCCCGGUCCUCGUCCCUCAACCUCCUCUCCCCCCUCGCCCCACUUCCCCACGUCCCCGGUAACAUGUCCAUCGCCCUGAAGCAGGUCUUCAACAAGGACAAGACCUUCCGGCCCAAGCGUAAGUUUGAGCCGGGGACGCAGCGUUUCGAGUUGCAUAAAAAGGCCCAGGUGUCGCUGAGCUCCGGGGUUGACCUACGGGCGGCGGUAGCUCUGCCCCACGGGGAGGAUCUGAACGACUGGGUGGCCAUGCACGUAGUUGACUUCUUCAACAGGAUAAACCUCAUCUACGGGACGGUGUGUGAGUUCUGCACGGAGAAGAGUUGUCCGGUCAUGUCCGGAGGUCCUAGGUAUGAGUACCGAUGGCAGGACGAUCACAAGUACAAGAAACCAACGGCUCUACCGGCUCCCAAGUACAUGAACUUGCUGAUGGACUGGAUCGAGGUCCAGAUCAACAAUGAGGAUAUCUUCCCCACCAGCAUGGGUAUCCCCUUCCCCAAGAACUUCACCCAGAUCUGUAAGAAGAUCAUCUGCCGUCUGUUCCGGGUGUUUGUCCACGUCUACAUCCACCAUUUUGACCGUAUGAUCCUGAUGGGAGCUGAGGCCCAUGUUAACACCUGCUAUAAGCACUUCUACUACUUCAGCACAGAGCUCAACCUCAUAGACCGCAAGGAGCUGGAGCCACUGAUAUGACUUCUGGGAUGUGUCACUGAGGUGUUGUAGCAGAACCACUGGAGCUGCAGAUGGCCUGGCAGGAGGUUACCGUGGAUACGCUGUGGGAGGGGUCCAGUGAGCAGCAGAGAUGCCUCUGAAGCUUGGAUGACAUCAUCACCGUGCGUCUGGUAGCCGUACAAGAACCUGUUACCUGCAGAUACGCCUGCCUGGCGUAUAGACUCUACUAUUUGUACGAUCAACACUGUAGCAGAGACUACUAGACUCUGCUGUAGUUUGCCAUGUUAAAUCAUUCUCUCUAUAACACCAGAUCACAGAGGAGGAGCUGAUUAUCUAAUGUUUGCAUGAGUUGAUUAUGUUCAAUAUGAGAGUAUGACUACUAGGACCACUUACUGACUGACUGACUUACUGGCAGGCUGGUUGACUGAUUCACUGGCCAGCUGGCUGGCUGACUGAUUCACUGGCUAGCUGGAUGACUGACUGAUUCACUGGCCAGCUGGAUGACUGACUGAUUCACUGGCUAGCUGGCUGGCUGAUUCACUGGCCAGCUAGCUGGCUGACUGAUUCACUGGCCAGCUGGAUGACUGACUGAUUCACUGGCCAACUGCAUGACUGACUGUCAAAUCAAAACGUAGGAAUGGAAUCCUAUUCCUUAUAUAGUGCACCACUGUUGACCAGGGCUCUAUGGGACCCUACGGGGCCCUAUGGGCAAAGGCAGUGCACUACGGUUGACGAGGACCCUAUGGGACCCUAUGGGCAAAGGCAGUGCACUACGGUUGACGAGGACCCUAUGGGCAAAGGCAGUGCACUAUAUAGUUUAUUCGGAAAGUAUUCAGACCCCUUGACUUUUUCUACAUGUUGUUACAUUACAGCCUUCUUCUAAAACGGAUUACAUACAUCUUUUCCUAAUCAAUCUACAUCACAAUACCCCAUAAUUACAUCACAAUACCCCAUAAUGACAUCACAAUAACCCAGAAUGACAUCACAAUACCCCAUAAUGACAUCACAAUACCCCAUAAUGACAAAUUAAAAACAGAAAUACCUUAUUUACAUAGGUAUUCAGACCCUUUGCUAUGACACUUGAAAUUGAGCUCACUGCAGCACUCCCACAAUCAGGCCUUUAUGGUAUAGCGGCCAGAUAGAAGCCACUCCUCAGUAAAAGGCACAUGACAGCACAGUUGGAGUUUGCCAAAAGGCACCUAAAGACUCUCCGACCAUGAGAAACAAGAUUCUCUGGAGGAAACCUGGCACCCUCCCUACGGUGAAGCAUGGUGGUGGCAGCAUCAUGCUGUGGGGAUGUUUUUCAGUGGCAGAGACAGGGAGACUAGUCAGGAUCGAGGGAAAGAUGAACAGAACAAAGUACAGAGAGAUUCUUGAUGAAAAUCUGCUCCAGAGUGCUCAGGACCUCUAACUGGGGUGAAGGUUCACCUUCCAACAGAACAACGACCCUAAGCACACAACCAAGACACCACAGGAGUGGCUUCGGGACAAGUCUCUGAAUGUCCUUGAGUGGCCCAGGCGGAGCCCGGACUUGAACCUGAUCGAACAUCUCUGGAGAGACCUGAAAAUAGCUCCCAUUACAACCUGACAGAUCUUGAGAGGAUCUGCAGAGAGAAUGGGAGCAACUCCCCAAAUACAGGUGUGCCAAGCUUGUAGCGUCAUACCCAAGAAGACUCGAGGAUGUCUUCACGGCCAAAGGUGCUUCAACAAAGUACUAAGUAAAGGGUCUGAAUACUUAUCUAAAUGUGAUAUUGCCUGGUUUUUUUUUGUAGUUUCAUUGGUCCUUUCAGGUGUUCAUCCAUCAUGAUCCUGUUUUUCAUUACUUCACCAUGAGGACUUCUUUCUAUGUAAAUGAACUUGUUGUGCUGGCAUCCUUAGCCUAGUGAAUAUGUAUUUAUGAUAAUUUAGCAACACUAAAAUCAAGUUUGUUAUCCAAUCAUCAGUCUGUAACUUGACCGUUCAGUUUACAAUAACCAACAUAAAGUGUCUGACCUACAAAGCAAUGAUAAUAUUGUCAACUAGACACUGACACUUAUUUACAAUUCUUUUUAACAUUUAGUUUGACUGUUCAUGAUUCCAUGUAAACAUUACUACACCAGAAACAAUAAAGUUGAGUAUUUUGAUUCCUUCCAGAAAAAA